AUUGGAUACAGUUGGAAUGCCAACAACCCACGAUGGCGGAGGUGGCCCGUCAUUGUGGCCGGAACUUACAUGGGAAGACAUCGAUGCCGAUGUGCAUCUACUGACGAAAUCCUCGACCUCGAGGGUAGCCGAACCUCUUGCCAGCCACGUGGAGCUAAUCGUCGCCGACACUCCGUCCAACAGACUGGAGUUGAUUGCACAGAACAUUUUCCAUGUGCAUCAAAGCCUCGGUGAAGCGAUCCAGCGCGUGCAGGGAGAAUCGGCACUCGUUCGUGUGAUACAGUCCUUCUUGACCCAACAAGGCAUCCAUGUGGACGGCGAUGACAAGGCCGAACAAUGGCUUCGUGAGCAUGCGUUGGAGUGGAGCUUCUUUGAGAAAGACGACGGCGGACGCGACGAGCUCCUCCAGUGCAUUCGGGACGACAUCCACAGCGCGACAUCGAAAGCAGAGUUCCUCCAGUACUUUGAUGCAGCGUUGCAUCCGUCGGUUUGGUUUCCAGUGCACAAUCGACUUCACAGGGAAGCCACGCCGUCAUCGACCGUGCUUGGCAACUUGCCUCUCAUAUCGGACGCGGAAGCGUUCCAAGAUGCCAAAGACAUCAAGCGCGACCAACUUCGCAUCAACGGCGUGCUGUUUCCAGGGAUCGUCGGGUACGAUACACUGAUCAAAGCUCUGGUGGACGAAAUCCAUCGAGUGGCUGUGGCCUUUCGGCCGUCGUACCACGCGUUCGCGUCUACCUAUGAAGAGAUGGCCAAGCGCAUUCUGCAUUCCAUCAACCGAACGGAAUCUGGAGGCGGGUCGUACGAGGUGCUGACGUCGCUGGUCACCCCGCCACCUCCUCAUGCGACCUCGUUGGUGCUGCUUCGCCCCAACUCCAAGGCCGCGACCCCGUUGCACAUCCACAUCGACAUGGGGCCUUAUGAAGACCACGAGGGCACAUGGUGCUUUGGCCUGCGCACUGUCGUGUCGGCUGAGACGUCGUACGUAAUCUGCGACAGCGACGACCCCACGACCGAGUGGUUGGCGGUCCAGGCCAAGUACGAGAACCGACUCGCGUUUAGUAUCGGCAUGAGUCCGUUCACGUCCGAGACCCGCGGUGCCCGCGAAGACGGCGGACAAGUCCAGCUCUUGCGCUGUUUUUGAUGGUUGUUGUGUUAAAAUUUACCAUACACCAACGUAUCGAGUCGUUGGACAUGCACUGCCAAGUCUUUGUUGCGAUGGUGUAGCCGUAGUUGCUCGUUUGUAAGUAGUCGAAUCUCG